UGAUGUUUGAACGGGAAGCUUCAACACUUUUAAAAGAAACUUCAGAAUGGCUUUGAACCAGACGAGCUAGAAAUCACUUCAGGAUACCGCCUUCAGCAUGCAUCUCCCCUGGUGGGCUUUCCUGGCGAGGAGCUCUUUGAAGAGAUCGUUCUGCAGAGAACCGGAGAGCUGAUGCUCAUGGAACCAGAUGAGUGGAUUUGACUUUUCUGGUAGGAUUCUCUUGCUUUAUUAUAUUCUCUCCCGGAGUUCUAAGAGGUGUGGAGGUAUUCAUGGAACGGACGGGCCUGCAAGGAAGGGAAGUAGCACUUUCAUGCUGAAUGAAGACUAAGCAAGUAACGGUUGUGACUGAAAACACUUAAACCGCCCACGUCCAGAGUCACUGGAUUGGGGACGCAGAGGAACGGUCACCGCUGGAGAGAAAGAAGUGAUACUGGAAAAGAAAACCCAAAUGAAGAGAAUGAGGAGAACUGGGAAGUAAAUGGCCGCCUCCAGCUCAGCAGAGACGAAGCCCGCCUCCUGGUGGCAUUAUUUUUUCCUUUAUGAUGGUUCAAAGGUAAAGGAAGAAGGAGACCCGACGAGAGCUGGCAUUUGUUAUUUUUACCCUUCUCAGACCCUGCUUGACCGACAGGAGUUGCUUUGCGGACAGAUUGCUGGAGUUGUCCACUGUGUUUCUGACAUUUCCGGCUCUCCUCCCACUCUCAUUCGUCUGCGGAAACUUAAGUUCGCCAUAAAGGUUGACGGAGAUUACCUCUGGGUGCUGGGCUGUGCCGUGGAGCUCCCUGACGUCAACUGCACGCAGUUUCUGGAUCAGCUCAUUGGAUUCUUUCAUUUUUACAACGGUCCUGUUUCUCUGGCUUACCAGAACUGUUCUCAGGAAGAACUGAGCGCUGAGUGGGACACCUUCAUUGAACAAAUUCUAAGAAACACCAGUGAUCUGCAUAAGAUAUUCAAUUCCCUCUGGAACUUGGACCAAACUAAAGUGGAGCCCCUGUUGUUGCUGAAGGCAGCCCUCAUUCUGCAGACCUGCCAGCGCUCGCCUCACGUUCUGGCUGGCUGCAUCCUCUAUAAGGGACUGAUUGUUAGCACCCAGCUCCCACCCUCCCUCACGGCCAAGGUCCUGCUUCAUCGAGCUGCACGUCGGGACCAGAGAAUACCUACAGGAGGGGAGGCCCUGCAGGACCAUGAAGCAGCACUCCCCCUGAAUGUCCAGAUCAUACCUGUUUUCCUGACCGAAGAGGAAGCCGUCAGUCUCCGUGAGUUCCCGGGGGAGCCGAUAACGAGCUCUCCUGCACCUCCAGCCAGACUCCAGGAGUGCGCAUCUGCCCUGAGAGCAGAUGCCCCCAGGCAUGUGGAAUCCACGGCCUGGACCUUAGCCACCACCCCUGAGCCCACGUCCACUGACGUUUCUUGGCCGAAUGGCAAGGGAGAGAACGGACACGUGUCUGACCACGAUCUGGAGAGCAUCAAACCUGCAAAGCUGCCCCACACUCCGUGGGACAGGGGUCCUGGCCUCGGCUGCUCCCUGGUGAAGGACCCUGGUUCGUCCAGGGGGAUAGAGGACCUGGACCUGUCUGAACUCCACAUUCCAGAAGCUCAGGAAAUGGAGACAUCCUCAGGUUCUCUUGCCUUCCUGUGUGUGCGCGCCCCAGAUGCUAGUGGUCCCCGCUGCAAAGAAUCUGUCAGUGACUCUGGCAACCCAGAACCCAAGCCGCCUGAGGCCCUACCUGUGGGCACAGCCAUUGGUGGCUUCCUCUCUCCCUCUGCUCUGGAGAUGCUCUCCCUCAAUGGAUCCCUAGAACAGCGUGAAGACCUUCCUGGUGACAGCAGCCCAGCCUCCAUUCCCAGAGAAGACUGCCUCCCUAGAAGGACGAGCUGGCCGUUGUUAUCGCCUCACUUAGAUUCGAGGCGGACAGGAACUAAGCUUCCCGUGGGGGAGCAAGGCACGCAGCAGCGUGUUGAUGGAGUUCACGAGAGCCGCUCAGCCCCCCACCUGGAAUGCAGCUCAAGCUUGGGAGACUCUCAGAGCGCUGGCCCCUCUGCAGAUGGAAUUGACUGGGGGUCGACCCCAGCAUCCCGCGCGGGACUCGUGCGGAUGAACCUCUACACUCACAGUGUUAAAGGGCUGGUGCUGUCCCUGCUGGCCGAGGAGCCGCUGCUGGGAGACGACGCAGCCGUCGAGGAGGUGUACCACAGUAGCCUGGCGUCCCUGAACGGGCUGGAGGUCCACCUGAAGGAGACGCUGCCCGGAGACGAGGCUGCCCCCACAAGCAGAACAUACAACUUCACGCAUUUCGACCGCAUUCAGAACGUGCUGACGGCGAACCUGCCUCAGGUGGCCACGCCCCAGGACCGCCGCUUCCUCCAGGCCGUCAGCCUGAUGCAUGCCGACUUUGCCCAGCGGCCUGCGCUGUACGAGAUGACCAUCAGAAAUGCAUCCACAGCUGUGUAUGCCUGUUGCAGCCCUGUCCAGGAAACCUACUUCCAGCAGCUGGCGGCCGCAGCGCGGAGCUCCGGCUUCCCCAGUCCGCAGGACGGCGCCUUCAGCCUCCCGGGCAAAGCCAAGCAGAAGCUGCUGAAGCAUGGGGUGAACUUACUCUGAGCUGCGCCGUGGGAGGACGCACCGCA